GUAUCAUACCACUUCGUUAUCGAAACAAAAGAAAAAUGGUUAAAAUCAGCGCAUUAGUGUUAGGCGUUAUUGGUGCUGUAGCAGCUACUACAAAGACUCCUCCUUCCUCUCUCCAGAUCGGUAUCAAAGAGAAAGCAGACCCUUGCGUAGCGACAGCUCAGAAUGGUGACAACUUGACAAUGCAUUAUUCUGGCUACCUCUUCGAUGAUGGAAGCCAAUUUGACAGCUCAAGGAACCCAGGAAGACAACCAUUUACAUUUAAACUCGGUGCAGGUCAAGUCAUUUCCGGCUGGGAGAAGGGUGUCUUAGGUAUGUGUGUCGGUGAAAGACGUAAAGUAACGAUUCCACCAUCUCUCGGAUACGGUAGCAGAGCUAUAGGUCCUAUCCCAGCUGAAUCAACUCUUGUCUUUGACAUAGAGCUACUUGAUGGCGCCUCAGGUCCAGGUAAAGCAGUUCACAAUGAAUUAUAAGAUACCCAAGGUGUUAGAAGUAGGAUUAAUUUAAUAUCUUCAGUACAUUUUCGUCUUAUUAUACAAGGUAUGGUGCGACUGUGAUGACAGCAGGUCCUCGGGUGUUGUAGUCUGCCUUCGUGAUCGCAAAACUAGAGUGGUCUGCGGAAGUUAUCUUAGCCACGAUACCGGCACCCAAGAAUGUGUUGAGGUCGUCCCGUCCUUUGAAAUCUGCAAAGUAGUCAGGCACUCUGAGCACUUUCAAUAUGGAAGCAGAUGGUUGCAAUUCAUUGUUCUCUCCUUUACUUAAGUAUGGACCAAUGUGUGGUGCAAGAAGUUGAGUGAAUCCUUUGGCACCAGCUAGUGGACCAGCCAGGACUAAGCCGUUGUAUAUCUGUGAUCUCGUCUCAAUCUCACACUGUUCAACAGUGCUCAAGAUUGCUUCUGGAAGACCGACCAAUGUUUGCUCCUCUUCAAUACCUUUCAGACCUUUCAAUAAGUCGAUAUUGAAUAGUGGCUCCCAAAACCUCUGUCUAAUCUUUCCAAUUGAUAUUGUACUACCACGCCAUUCUAAUUGGAAUCGACCCUGUGCAGCAGCAGCGUUAUUUUCUUUCGCAUUCUUUUCAUCAAUUAGGUUCUUCUCCUGUCCAUUGACUAAAGCAGCAGCAAUGUCAAAUUCUUCACCUUUCUUCUUUUUGUCCUUUUCCUCUUCCUCAGGGAGGAGCGAAAGCGAUUCAGGGUGUUUGAAUAACUCCUGAGAAAUUUCAACCAAAGCAUCAAAUCUCUCGUCCUCGCUCAAACCGCUAAGCUUCUCAUGACCGAGCAAGUGUGUAUCGUUCUUGAGUAAACCUGCAAGAUAUAUUGACAACUCCCGCAAACCGAACUUCCAUUGUGUAGCAGCAGUGUAUUGGGGAAUAGUGUCCAAAACCGGCACAAUAUCUGUUGAAUCGUGACCGACAUCUAUAAACAAGCCAGUCACACUACCAGAAGCAUAUAAACCAAGUACUGGACGCUCAACUAGUGCAAAAACCGGUACGUUGAACCUUUCAAAGAAUAUCUGAGUUAUUCUUUCAUUCUCGUCUUUCGAUAAGCCAUGUGGAACGGUAACCAAAACUAAUGCGGUAGCUGCACGAGGGUUUCCUAACAACUGCUUUAAUGCGUGUUUCCAUAGAGCUUCUGCGCCAACCCAAUCACGUAUACGACCAAAUUUCCAUGGAUAGCUAAUCUCGAGAUCUUCUCCCGCUUGUAUCGCGUCUUCGAGUUGCUGGCCGACGAGAUAGCUCGAUGGCCUCAGACGCAUUGGCUUCCUUUCAUCGACAUCCAUGUUAUCGUCCAUCUCUCCCUUCGAUAUACUCUCUAAGGUGGUUCUCUUUAUGCCGACUUUGGCUUCAAAAUACAGCUGAGGUUUGUGGAAUAUCUCACCAAGCGGCUUACCCGCGAGCAUCGUCCUGCCUGUCUCUAUGACUAUUAUAUUGCUCUCCUGAAGAAUUUUGAGUAUCUUAUCACGACAUUAGCGAUUUCCUUACUCUCAUAUUGUGAACGUCAGGAUGAAAGACGAUAGAAGAGUCGAUU